UGCUCUGGAGCUGCCUUCUUCGCAGUCACGCCCCUUCCUUCCUAGGAGCUUUCGGGCUGCUUACACUGGUAGAUCCCUGAGUUAACUUCUCCUUCUCCGCUCUCUCUCUUUCGCCUUCUCUGAGGUCUUAUCCCCCGCCCCACUACCACCACCUCUCGUCUGUCUCUCCUCUCACCACCCGCUCGCUGCUCCACCCUCUGGCCCCAUUGUCAGCCUGUCCGCUGCCACCAAGGAGAACCCGGACAGAGCAGCGAGGAGGUAGCAGCCGGGAGCUGGGGCUCUCCCCACUGCCCAUCCCUGGCCGCUGGCUCGGAACCACAGCCACUUGAGCGAGCACAGUCUGGCACCUUGUCUUCGUUGCCUUCAGGGACAUUACUGCCCCCAUCUGCCCCUGGCUUGCUCAGACCUGGGACCCUCAGAUCUCAGCCUCUUGAAUAGCUGGGAUUUACAGCACACAACUGCUGAGAGGGAUAACAGAAGUGAAAGAGCUUUUGACUCCUUGGAAGGCUGAGAAAUAAAGAGUGACCAGUGAUUGGACUCUUGGCGGUGCUUACCCUGAACCUGAGUGUUAGGGGAGAGGGAAUCUGCUGCUGCGGUUUCUGGAGCUGUUCAUAAGCAAGAAUUCCCUAUCCUGAUCAAGGCUUUAAGCCUAAAAGAAAGCAGAAAUAGGUCAAGGGCAGCCCAAGUGCCCAGUUUCUCUCUCUCUUCACAAGGCACCACCUGCGAUAGAGAUGAGAAAUUCUGAUGAACAGCCAAGUGGAGGAACCACAGUAUUGCAGCGUUUGCUACAAGAGCAACUGCGCUAUGGCAAUCCUAGUGAGAAUCGCAAUCUGCUUGCCAUACACCAGCAAGCCACAGGGAACGCCCCUCAUUUCUCCACUGGCAAUGGGAACCCAAGCCCUCAGAAUGAUGUGUUGAGUCCCCAAGACCACCACCAACAGCUUGUGGCACACCCUGCUCGACAGGAACCCCAGGGCCAGGAAAUCCAAUCAGAAAAUCUUAUCAUGGAGAAACAGCUGUCCUCUAGAAUGCAGAAUAAUGAAGAACUCCCUACCUAUGAAGAAGCCAAGGUGCAGUCUCAGUAUUUUCGUGGCCAACAGCAUGCCAGUGUUGGAGCUGCCUUCUAUGUCACUGGGGUCACUAACCAGAAGAUGAGGACCGAAGGACGCCCAUCUGUUCAGCGGCUCAAUCCUGGAAAGAUGCAUCAGGAUGAAGGACUAAGAGACCUUAAGCAAGGGCAUGUCCGCUCCCUGAGUGAACGCUUAAUGCAGAUGUCACUAGCCACCAGUGGAGUUAAAGCCCAUCCUCCUGUUACCAGCACUCCCCUCUCCCCACCACAACCCAAUGACCUCUACAAGAAUCCUACAAGUGCCAGUGAAUUCUACAAGUCCCAAGGGCUACCUCCCAACCAGCAUAGCCUGAAGGGCAUGGAACACCGUGGGCCCCCACCAGAGUAUCCUUUCAAGGGCAUGCCAUCCCAGUCUGUAGUGUGCAAGCCCCAAGAGCCAGGGCACUUCUAUAGUGAGCACCGCCUGAACCAGCCAGGGAGAACAGAGGGGCAACUGAUGAGGUAUCAGCACCCCCCUGAGUAUGGGGCAGCCAGGCCAACACAGGACAUCUCGUUGUCAUUGUCAGCCAGGAACUCUCAGCCUCACAGCCCUACUUCUUCUCUGACAUCUGGGAGUUCCUUGCCCUUGCUGCAGUCUCCUCCAUCUACUAGAUUGUCUCCUGCCCAACACACCUUGGUCCCAAACCAAGGUGACCACUCAGCUCACCUACCUAGGUCACAGCAGCAUUUUCUUUCUAGUCAGGCUCACCAGGGGGAUCAUUACCGUCUCUCCCAGCCAGGCCUGACUUCAGCACAGCAGCAGCAACAGCCAGGAGAAGCCUACUCAGCCAUGCCUCGGGCUCAGCAGUCUGCUUCCUAUCAGCCUAUGCCAGCUGACCCUUUUGCCAUUGUCUCACGAGCUCAGCAGAUGGUUGAGAUCCUCUCAGAUGAAAACCGGAACUUAAGGCAGGAGUUGGAAGGAUGCUAUGAGAAGGUGGCAAGACUGCAGAAGGUGGAGACAGAAAUCCAGCGUGUCUCGGAGGCAUAUGAGAACCUUGUGAAGUCUUCCUCUAAAAGAGAAGCUCUGGAGAAAGCCAUGAGGAAUAAGCUGGAAGGCGAGAUUCGGAGAAUGCAUGACUUCAAUAGGGAUCUGAGAGAACGUCUAGAGACUGCCAACAAGCAGCUUGCAGAGAAAGAGUAUGAGGGAUCAGAGGACACAAGAAAAACCAUUUCUCAACUCUUUGCAAAAAAUAAAGAAAGCCUGCGGGAGAAGGAGAAGCUGGAGGUGGAACUGGCCACUGCCCGUUCUACAAAUGAGGACCAAAGACGGCACAUUGAAAUCCGAGACCAGGCACUGAGUAAUGCCCAGGCCAAGGUGGUGAAGCUGGAAGAAGAGCUGAAAAAGAAGCAAGUGUACGUAGACAAGGUGGAGAAAAUGCAACAGGCCCUCGUGCAGCUCCAGGCAGCAUGUGAGAAACGGGAGCAGCUGGAGCACCGACUCCGGACACGACUGGAGAGGGAAUUGGAAGCCCUUCGGAUUCAGCAGCGCCAAGGCAGCUCUCAGCCCACCAAUGUUUCUGAAUACAAUGCUGCUGCGCUGAUGGAGCUCCUUCGGGAAAAGGAGGAGAGGAUUCUAGCCCUGGAAGCUGAUAUGACUAAGUGGGAACAGAAGUAUUUGGAGGAGAACGUGAUGAGACAUUUUGCUCUAGAUGCUGCUGCAACUGUGGCUGCUCAGAGGGAUACAACAGUCAUCAGCCACUCUCCUAACACCAGCUAUGACACAGCUCUAGAAGCUCGUAUCCAGAAGGAGGAAGAAGAAAUCUUGAUGGCCAACAAGCGUUGCCUGGAUAUGGAGGGCAGGAUUAAGACUCUCCAUGCCCAGAUUAUUGAGAAAGAUGCCAUGAUCAAAGUGCUCCAGCAGCGCUCCCGGAAGGAACAGAGUAAGACAGAGCAGCUAUCAUCCAUGCGGCCAGCAAAGUCCCUGAUGUCCAUUUCAAAUGCUGGAUCAGGCUUGCUUUCCCACUCAUCCACCUUGACUGGUACCCCCAUAAUGGAGGAGAAGCGAGAUGACAAGAAUUGGAAGGGGAGCCUAGGUAUUCUCCUGGGUGGAGACUACCGUGCUGAGUCCAUCCCAUCCACACCCUCACCGGUGCCCCCCUCCACUCCUCUGCUGUCAGCUCACUCCAAGACUGGCAGCCGAGACUGCAGCACCCAAACCGAACGUGGAACGGAACCGAACAAAACUGCAACUGUCGCUCCCAUCUCUGUUCCUGCUCCAGUUGCCGUUGUUGCCACUGCUGCCACCAUCACUGCCACUGCUACCACCAACACUGCCACUGCUGCCACCAACACCACCAUCAUGGUAGCUGCUGCUCCAGUUGCUGUUGCUGCUUCUGCUCCAGCUGCUGCUGCUGCUGCUGCUGCUGCUGCUAUUGCCCCAUCUGCAGCAACUGCUCCUGUUCUUGCUGCUGUUUCUCCAGCUGCUGCUACUCAGCUUCCAGUUGCUGUAUCUGCUGUUGCUCCUGUUCCUGCUCCUGCUCCUGCUUCUGCUUCUGCUGCUUUUGCUGCUGUUCAGGUUGCUCCAGCUGCUCCGGCUCCGGUUCCAGCUCCAGUUCCGGUUCCAGCACCAGCAGUGGCUCAGGCUUCUGCUCCGGGUCAGACUCAGGCACCAACUCCAGCUCCGGCUAUGGCUGCUAAUCCAGCUCCAGCUCCAGCUCCAGCUCUGGCUCAGGUUGAGGCUCCUGCAAGUCCAGCCACCAGUUCUGGAUCACAUCGUCUGUCUACAUCAAAUUUGACCUACAGUCCAGACAAGACAGAUGGCCUGGUUUUCCACUCCAGUACUCUGGAAAGGAAAGCUCCCAUUCAGAUCCUGGGACAAGAGCCUGAUGCAGAGAUGGUGGAGUAUCUCAUCUAAAUCAAGAGCUGCAGUUUAUCAGCAAAAAUGCUUUUAAUCAUUUUCCCUUUUGGUUGUUCAUAUUCUGAGGGUGGAGAUAAGGGUUGGGGGAGGGGAUUUUUUAAAGGGUCAUCUUUUUGGAACAAUUUAAGGUUUGCCAUGUGAAUUCCAACCAAAUAUAUUCUGGUAUACUUAAGGAGUACUUCUAAAAGGCAGAUUAAUCAAUCAGAAUGUGCUCUAAGGUUUAUUGUUGGAAUGUGUAUGAGUACUAGGACUAUUCACAGGUAGAUGAUACACGUGGAUGUUUGGGAUGUACUUAAAUUUGUUUAAACUUUCCAUAUUCCAGAUCUUGUUUUUUAUUGAAGAGCACAGUAUGUGUGGAAGACAGUAUGUAACAUGUAGUUCAGAAGUGAGAAGCCAGAGAAUUUGAGUUUUGCUGCUUUGUCUGGUGACUAGACAACAGCCACAGAAAGCUCAUGCCUCUAGCUCAUGAAAGGGAAUUUUCUUAUGAGAUAUACAAGCUGGAGAAAAGGUAGGGAGUAUUGGGGUACUGGUGCUAAUCUUUCCUCCCAGUUGCCAGCUACCUUGCCCUAGCAGAUAGUUUAUCUUCAUUUCAAUGGUGCUUUGGAAAUGGAUUCUUUUUUUCCCUCCUGGAGGUUCAGACAUUCAUACACACACACACACACACACACACACACACACACACACACACACACACACACACACACUCUGGAGUAAUUUAUGCAUUUGGAUAAUUAAUAUAUUGCUAUAUUGCUUUCAGAUGCUAGAGAAAGUAAAUGAACUGGUUGAUGCACAACUUCUCUCACAAGGAGUUAGACACAAGAGGACUUGAUACAGCAUUGUGUGAGAAGUUGCAUGAAGACUUUUGUGGUUUGGGUGUAGCCAUGAGCAUAGCUUGCUUACUUUUUAUAAGAUCUGUUUAGUAUGUGUUUCCUCCAUAACUCAGAUUCAUUGGCUAGGUCACCACCAGUCUCCAAUAGCCAGUCAUUUACAGAAUGAGGAAGCAUUUUGGGGAUGACAGUUUGAAUUCUUUGCAUAUCUGGUGACUACUUUCUAAUAACUAGGUUUGUUUCUCCAGACUCUUAAUGUAUGUCUUUGAAGGCAUAUGUAUUUGUUACCUCCAAGGGAAUAGCAUCAGAAGUCAUAAGUACCAGACUGCAUUCAGGGGUAGGUUGAUUGUAACCAUCCCGUUAACUACCUCUUCUCACCACCAGUGACUCUAUCUUGGACUCCUUUUGGGAAGUGGUGAGAAAUGUGUAUGUAGGCAGGAAACAAAAGAAGGCUACAGCAGUAACUGUUGCAAUAAUGCUGCCUCCAAGGACACAGAGGAAUGCCAGUUUUCGCAGGUCCCUGCCCUUCUUGAGGUGACAAAUCUGAAGAGAGUGUCAUUAACAUCAGGGGUUUAGGGAGGGCGA